ACGUACUAAACACUCUGUUCUCGUUUACUUGGCAGUUUCUUGAAACAUAUUGCUAUAAAGACCCCCCAAAACGUUAACAUUAGAGCAAAUAUUGCAGGAGAGAAAGUGUUUGAAAGAAAGAAAGAAAACUUUUGAGAGGAUGGUGACUUCAGUUGCUCCAAGAGUUGAGAGCUUGUCAAGCAGUGGGAUUCAGUCAAUCCCAAAGGAGUACGUGAGGCCUCAAGAGGAGCUAAACAGCAUCGGAAACAUCUUCGAGGAAGAGAAGAAGGAAGAGGGGCCGCAAGUUCCGACCAUAGAUUUGCGGGACAUAGACUCCGACGAUGAGGCGGUCCGGGAAAAAUGCCGGGAGGAGUUGAAGAAAGCGGCGGUGGAAUGGGGUGUCAUGCACCUUGUAAACCACGGCAUCUCCGACGACCUCCUCCAACGGGUGAAGAAGGCCGGAAAGGAGUUCUUUGAUCUCCCGGUGGAGGAGAAGGAGAAGCACGCUAAUGAGCAGGAGUUGGGGAAGAUUCAAGGCUAUGGCAGCAAGCUGGCCAAUAACGCUAGUGGCCAGCUCGAGUGGGAGGACUAUUUCUUCCACCUUGUUUACCCUGAGGUCAAGCGUGACAUGUCCAUCUGGCCCAAGAUACCCACCGAUUACAUUGAGGCAACAAGCGAGUAUGCAAGGCAACUGAGAAGCCUAGCUAGCAAGGUGUUUUCUAUACUAUCCCUUGGCUUGGGAUUGGAAGAAGGGAGGCUAGAGAAGGAAGUCGGCGGCCUGGAAGAACUUCUUCUCCAAAUGAAAAUCAACUACUAUCCGAUCUGCCCUCAGCCGGAGCUCGCCCUCGGCGUUGAAGCUCACACCGACGUGAGCGCGCUCACUUUCAUUCUUCACAACAUGGUGCCCGGCCUGCAACUCUUCUACCAAGGCAAAUGGGUGACUGCGAAAUGCGUUCCCAACUCCAUCAUCAUGCAUAUCGGCGACACCAUCGAGAUCCUGAGCAACCGGAAGUACAAGAGUAUUCUUCACAGGGGGCUGGUGAACAAGGAGAAGGUGAGGAUCUCGUGGGCGGUCUUCUGCGAGCCACCCAAGGAGAAGAUCAUCCUGAAGCCGCUGCCGGAGGUUGUGUCGGAGGAGGAGCCGGCGAUCUUCCCACCUCGCACCUUUGCUCAGCAUAUUGAGCACAAGCUUUUCAGGAAGACCCAGGAUGCUCUUGACGCUAAAUGAUCAUGAGGCUGGUUUUCGAUCGAUCAUCCUCUUUGUUGUCAAUACGUAUCUUUCAUUCAUGGCUCUCUGUGAUGUUUCUUACUAUGUAUUGGUUUUUGAGGCUUCUAUUGUGGCGGGUGGAGGCCAUUAGUUAUGGGGUUGUCCUUUGCUUUUGCCCCAACUACUCCAUCUACUUUUAAAAUAAAAAUGAUAUUCAUCUA